GCUUUCCUGAAAGCAAAGAUGAGCACCACUCAGUCUGAGAAGACCAUGAUGGGCUUGAUCGACCUGUUUCACGAAUACACCGGGCGUGAUGACAUGAUUGACAAGCCGAGACUGCUGGAGAUGCUGAAGAAGAACUUCCCCAACUUCCUCAGCGCCUGUGACAAAAAGGGCAGAGAUUACUUGGCCAACGUCUUUGAGAAUAAGGACAAGAAUAAGGAUGAUAAGAUUGAGUUUUCUGAGUGGCUGUCCUUGCUGGGGGACAUAGCCACGGACUACCACAAACACAGCCACGGAGCGGAGCUCUGUUCCGGGGACAGCCAGUGAUCCCGGCCCAGCCCAGGAGCCUCCAGAGACCCCAAAACAAUAAAGUGUCUCCUCCCACCA